AAGUGUUCAGACAUCGGAUGGAAAUGAAACCUGCCGGCGGCCCGUCGCUGCAGCUGUUCAGCUGCGCCCACGCUGAUUGUGGAGCGACUUUCAAAAAGCAGUGGAAACUCAAAGAGCAUGAGACGGUGCACACCGGCGCGCGCCCGUGUCAGUGCACAGUUGCAGGCUGUGGUCGCCGUUUUUCAAGAAAAUCCCACCUGCGCCGCCACCUGCUGCAGCAUCAAGGGGUGAAGCGAUUCAAGUGCAGAUUUUCGACCUGCACGAAGAGUUUCUGCGACUCGAGCAAACUGAAAAGACAUGAGCGUUACGCCCAUGGACAGAAGAAUAAGUACUUCAAGUGUAACCAGCCAAAGUGCUCCCUGACCUUCAAAAAGCGCAGGCAGUUUAAACUACACUUAAAGGAGCAUGAAGUGUCUGUUAAAUUCAAGUGUUCGAAGGACGGAUGCGCUGCCGUGUUCGACUCCCAUAUCGCUCGCAAAGCCCAUGAGAAGAAGCAUGCAGGUUACCGCUGCCCUCAUGCUAACUGCCAGGUGUUUGAACACACCUGGGGGAAACUUCAGAAGCACAUGGCCAAACACCCAGCCACGCUUUCAUGCACUGUGUGUAAGAAGGUGUUUAAGAAAGUGGAUGCUCUGCGGAGGCACAAACGGAUCCACGCUUCCCAUAAGCCUGUGCUGGUCUGUCCCAGGGAUGACUGCCAGGCCUACUUCUCUACAACCUUCAACCUGCAACACCACAUCCGCAAGUUUCACCUCGAGCUCCUCAAAUACAAAUGCUCCUUCCCUGGCUGCCCACGCACAUUUGCUAUGCGGGAAAGCAUGAACAGACACCUGCUUCGCCACGACCCAAGCGGCACCACUCUGAAGAAGCGUCAGCGCCCAAAGAAAUCCUGGCAGAAGCGUCUGAACGGACACCAUCUGCCGCUUGUGGAGGAAAACCUACAACGCCUCUUCGCCUUGCGCAUGCGAAUCUCCAGACGUGCAAAAGUGGAAACCAACCUCUCGGGGCUCUUCAGUGAACGCAAGAUCCCUCAUUACGUUGACCCAGAAGUCAACCUGCACAACCUGUUUGGCAUCAAACAGGAGAAACCUGAGUUCACACCACUAAAAGGUUAAAUGAAAUUUUAAAAAAAAUUUCAUUUUCAGUUUGACUGUUAACUUUGAACUUCCUGAAAUCUUUGUAGGCUUUGGACUGUUUAAUUUUUGAGACAUUGGAAAUUUGGGUCUCUUUGGUUUGUAGGUGAUGUACAUUUAAAAUGUUAAUUUCAAACAAAGUAUUUGAAUCUAACUUUUGAAACAUAA